AGUGUUAUGGUCCUCCCUCAGUCUCCUCACUUCACCGCUCGCCGUCCUCCAGUCAACACAGGUCGGGGCCUCCAGAUCGUAUUUAAUAAACUAGUCUAGUCGACCUACACACAAACCCAUACAUCAUGAGGGAAAUUCUUCAUCUCCAGACCGGCCAGUGCGGUAACCAGAUUGGAUCAAAGUUCUGGGAGAUCAUCAGUGACGAGCACGGCAUCGACCCCAACGGCGUGUACCAGGGAGUGAGCCGAGACAUCGAGGAGCUACAGCUUGAGAGAAUCAAUGUUUACUUCAAUGAGGGUUCUGGCUAUCACCACUACGUCCCCCGCGCCAUCCUCGUCGACUUGGAACCCGGUACUAUGGAUUCAGUGAAGGCCGGACCCUAUGGACAACUCUUUAAGCCUGAUAACUUCGUCUUUGGUCAGAGCGGCGCAGGUAACAACUGGGCCAAGGGUCAUUACACAGAGGGCGCUGAACUGGUCGACUCCGUAAUGGACGUAGUGAGGAAGGAGGCCGAGAACUGCGACUGUCUUCAGGGAUUCCAGUUGGCACACUCUCUGGGUGGUGGCACUGGCUCUGGCAUGGGCACUCUCCUUAUUUCCAAGAUUCGCGAAGAAUACCCCGACAGAAUCAUGAACACUUACUCCGUCGUGCCCUCCCCGAAGGUUUCCGACACUGUAGUAGAACCAUACAACGCCACCCUCUCCGUCCACCAACUGGUUGAGAACACCGACGAGACCUACUGUAUUGACAACGAAGCUCUCUACGACAUCUGCUUCAGGACCCUCAAGCUCCAGAACCCGACCUACGGCGACUUGAACCAUCUGGUCUCCCUCACCAUGUCCGGCGUCACCACUUGCCUCAGGUUCCCCGGCCAGCUCAACGCCGACCUCAGGAAGUUGGCUGUUAAUAUGGUCCCCUUCCCUCGUCUCCACUUCUUCAUGCCAGGAUUCGCGCCUCUCACCGCCCGUAAAGCCGUUAGCUACAGGACCCUCAACGUGCCAGAACUCACCCAACAGAUGUUCGACGCCAAGAACAUGAUGGCCGCUUGCGAUCCUCGUCACGGGCGGUAUCUCACCGUCGCCGCCAUCUUCAGAGGCAAGAUGUCCAUGAAGGAGGUGGACGAACAGAUGCUCAACAUCCAGAACAAGAACACCGCUUACUUCGUCGAAUGGAUCCCCAACAACGUCAAGACAGCCGUGUGUGACAUUCCUCCUCGUGGUCUCAAGAUGGCCUCCACUUUCAUCGGCAACUCGACCGCCAUCCAGGAGAUCUUCAAGCGCAUCUCUGAGCAGUUCACAGCUAUGUUCAGGCGCAAGGCUUUCCUCCAUUGGUACACCGGCGAAGGUAUGGACGAGAUGGAAUUCACCGAGGCAGAGUCCAACAUGAACGACUUGGUGUCCGAGUACCAGCAGUACCAGGAAGCCACCAUAGACGACGAGGAGGACUUUGAGGAGGAGGACGCCCAGGAGGAGACUGACUAACUGGUCUCUUGACGUCUGUAGCGGCCACCAGGAGGACUUUGAGAAUCAUCUGAGGAGUCUUCACCCACCACAGCGAGUCUACCAAAGUCUGAUAAUAACUCGCCAUGAUAGCUCCCUGUGAGGACUUUAGUAGAUCACUUCAUGUAUUCUCAAGUUCUUAAACAUCACUCCAAAAGUCUACAAGAACGACUGAGGGUCUUUUUACAGGUAACCAAAGACCUUUCUCAAGUCUGAUCAACCUGAAGACUUCUUAAAGACCCCGACACUGGAUAUCAUAAUAAAGGGACCACAAGCAGCCGUUCUGGAGGCCUUUAAGGAGAGGUGUUGCUCCUGGAGGUGGUGAUGGCGCUCUUGACGGUCCUCAUCCAAUCACGAUGAAAUAUCAAAGAAAACAUAUCUCACUGGGACGCCCGCACCUGUCUACGUCUAGCUCACCUGUGUUGAUGAUUGCUAUGUCUCUUUCUCUCUCUCUCACUCUCACUCUCUCUGGGUUUCCCUCUUGUCUUGUAUUGUAUGUUUUUCUUUUAUUUUCUUUGCCGCUAUAAUGUUCUCUUGUCUUUAUUUUUGUUUUAAUUCAAACG